AUGGUUGGCGAUGUCCAAGCCGAGCUGACACGACUUCAAGUGCAGCAUCGUUGGAUCCAGAUGUGCCUCAAGGAUAAAAUCGUUUUUGCGCCCGUGGACAUCACCAGGGACGGGCUCAAGGUCCUCGACAUGGGUUGCGCUGACGGUAUUUCCGAAUACUUCUACGGGACCUGCAGAAGCAGGUGCAGGUUCCACCAUCCGCGCACAUGGUCGGCGCAGAUGUUUCAACCCGUCUUUUUGCCCACGUCAGCUCAGGGCAGCAUCCACUACGUAACCCACGACGUGUGCGAUCCACUUGCUGGGGAUCUCAAGGUGCACUUCGAUCUGACCCACGUUCGCAACGUUCUCCACAGCGCCCACCGGUCCGGCGUCGAGCAGGCGGUAGCGAAUCUCGUCGAAACGCUGGCUCCGGGAGGCUGGCUGCAGAUUAUGGAGUUUGACAUUACUCCAGGCCAGCCGAACCAGCCCCAGUCUUUGAGGGAUCUCCUUCACAUCGUUGGCUCACUGUUUGAAAAGCAGGGCAUCGAUCGCAACUACGCGUCCAAGAUUCCAGAGGCAAUGAAGAUGGCUGGUCUCCAGAAUGUCAAGGCCGAACGAGUGGAGUGUGGCAUAGGUAAAGUGCAGGGUGAAGAGGUGGCCAUUAAGUCGUCUAUCGAGCCCUUUAUGUACACGAUCCCGCUUGUCGCCAAGAGCAUCCAGAUGCUGAUUCCUGCUAUGGACCCGGCGAUCUACACGAAUUUGGAGGAGAGGUACAUGAAGGAGAUGACUGAGCAAGGCGGCUUUGUUUCAGCGAACAUCUUCUUUGCUGAGAAGCCCCUCGCGUGA